CAGUCUUAUUGAUUUCAACAUUAUCAGCUUACAAUGGAGAAACUUUUGCAGUGGUCAAUUGCCAACACCCAGGGAGAUGCUCAAGCCAAAGAAAGAGCAGGAAAUCCUGAUCCCAAUGCUUUGGCCCAAUUACUUGGAAAUGUUGUUGAUGAUGUUACGUUGAUGAGAGAAAAUCUCAAAAAUGCAUCCAAUCCUGAACUUUCCUUGGAAAAUAGAGAGAUCUCUCUAGAUAAUUUCGAAAUGUUAAUUGAAAAUCUCGACAAUGCCAAUAAUAUCCAGAAUUUAAAACUUUGGGAUCCAUUAUUAAACCUUUUAAAUGCAAAAGAACCUUCAAUUAGAUCAUUGGUUUGUUCAAUCAUUGGAACCGCUGUUCAAAAUAAUCCAAAAUCCCAAAAAAAUUUUACUUCUUAUGACAAUUCAAUCAAAAAAUUAAUUCAAAUAUCUCUCGAUAAAAGCGAACAGACAUCUGUUAAAAUAAAAGCUUUAUAUGCAUUAUCUAAUUCAUGCAGAAACUUCGAAAAAGGUUAUGAAUUAUUUGAAGCUGAAAAUGGUUGGUUAAUAGUUUCCGAUUUAAUUUUUGAAACAGGAAAAAAUAACCUUUUAAAUUAUAAGUUGCAAUUAAGAUUCUUGUCCUUAUUAUCAUCUUUAUUAUCAACAGCUUUCAAUAAAAAAAAAGAAAAUUUCAUUCAAAAUGAAAAAGUUAUACAAAUUUUAACAAAAUUGGCAACUCAAAAUAUUGAAAAGAUAAGUUUCAUUGAUAACUCCUUAAACAUAAUCGGUCAAUUGAUUAGCCAUAAUUACAAUUUUAAUGACCAAGAAAAAAGUCAUAUUAUUACCUUACUCGAAAACUUAGAUAAUGUGAAAAAUGAAUUAUCAAAAGAGGAUUAUAAACUUGUUCAAAGUUUAACUGUUUAGUUUUUUAAUAUUUUUAUUUCACUAUUUUUAUGGUUGCACUUUUUUUAUACUGGCUUUCAAUUCCUUUUUAUAGUUACAGCGCUUUAUUGUUUAAUUUUUUUAUAUUAUAAUAUAACAAACUUUUCAUCUAAAUGUAAUUUUUUUUAAUUAUUUAAGAUCUCGUUAGGAUCAUUUGAAGUAAACAAUUUUUUUAAUGAAACAUCAAGUGAAUCUCUCGCGAGUUUUUUACCAUCAAACCCUUUUCCCAAUCCAUCACCUUUAAUAUAUGUUUCCAGAAUAGACAUUAAAGAUGGAAACUUUUCAGA